CCUGGAUACUAAGGCGCGAGGAACCGCGUCCUGCCACCCGAGGCUUCGUCGCGAGGGCGGGCUGGGGGCCUCAGGGCCAGACUAGGGGGCAUGCUUGCGAGACCCUGUCAGCAUUCGCGGACAUGGAGGAGUUCCGGCGCUCCUACAACCGCCUGUGCAAGGAGAGUGGGGCUGAGCCCCAGGAGGCUGUUCUGCAGCAACUGCACCAGCUUCCGAGGGGCGGACUGGACUUGACUACUCAGAGCCUGACGGUGGACACCUGCAGGGCCCUUGGCAAGCUGCUGCAUAAGGAGACGCUGUUGAAGGAGCUUGUCCUCAGCGACUGCAUGCUGAGUGAGGAAGGGUCCACACUGCUGUUCCAAGGUCUGUGUGCCAACACCAGUGUGCAGCAUCUGGAUCUAAAGGGCAACAACCUCCGAGCUGCAGGAGCUGAGGCUCUGGGAAAGCUCCUUCGACAGAACAAGUCUCUUCAGAGCCUCACCCUAGAGUGGAACAACCUUGGCAUGUGGGAAGAUGCCUUUGCCACCUUCUGUGGGGGUCUGGCAGCCAAUAGCACCCUGCGGCAGCUGGACCUCCGAAACAACCAGAUCAGUCACAAGGGAGCAGAGGAGCUGGCCCUGGCCCUGAAGGGCAACACCACCCUCCAACAGCUGGACCUACGUUGGAAUAACAUUGGCCUCCUGGGGGGCCGGGCCCUGGUGAACUGUCUCCCCAGCAACAAAACCCUGUGGAAGCUGGACCUGGCUGGGAACAACAUCCCUGGCGAUAUCCUAAGAGCUGUGGAGCAAGCCAUGGACCACAACCAGGACCGACUCACUGCCUUUCGGGAGAACCAAACACGCACCAAGAUCCUUAGCAAGGAGGUUCAACACCUCCAGGAAGAGAAGUCCAAGCAGUUUCUGGAUUUGAUGGAGACAAUAGAUAAGCAACGAGAAGAGAUGGCGAGAGAUAGCCGGGCAUCGGCAGUACGAGUUGGGCAGCUUCAGGAAGCCCUCAACGAGAGACAGUCCAUCAUCAAUGCCCUCAAAGCCAAGCUACAGAUGACAGAGGCUGCUCUGGUUCUGUCAGAACAAAAGGCCCAGGACCUGGGGGAACUGCUGGUCACAGCAGACCAGGAACGGCAGAGCCUGUCCCAAAGACACGAGAAGGAACGCAAGUCGGAGCAGCAGGAAGCUGCAGAUCGGGAGUCCAAGCUACUCAGGGACCUGUCAGCAGCCAGUGAGAAGAACCUGCUGCUUAGAAGCCAGGUGGAUGAGUUGGAGCGGAAGGUAAAGUCUCAGCAGGAGCAGCUGUUUCUGACCAGGCAGGAGCUGACUAACACAUCGGCUGAGUUGAAGAUCCGUGCUAUUCAGGCUGAGGAGCGCUUGGAUGCAGAGAAGAGGAGAGCCAAACAGAAUAUGGAAGACUUGGAAAAGCUACACUCCAAGGAGGUGGAUCACAUGGCUCGUCACUUGGAGGAGAGUGAGAGGGCCAUGCAGGAGAGGGUUCAGAGACUAGAGGCCCUGCGGCUGUCUCUGGAGGAGGAGCUGAGCCGCAUGAAGGCCGCUGUGCUCAGUGAACGUGGCCAAGCUGAGGAGGAACUCAUCAAAGCCAGGAACCAGGCCCGCUUAGAGGAGCAACACCGCCUUGCUCAUCUGGAGGAGAAGAUUCGGUUGCUGUCACAGGCAAGGGAUGAGGCUCAGAGCACCUGCAUGCAGCAGAAGCAGAUGGUAGCCGAGUCCCAGGCACGGGCCAGCCAGCUGAACCUGCAGAUGGAGGGACAGCAGCGGCGUCUGGAGGAGCUGCAACAGGAGCUGAGCAACAAGGACCAAGAAAAAAUGGCAGAAGUGUCCAGGGUGAGAGCGGAGCUGCAGGAACAGAUGGGCCGUAUUCAGGCUGACCUGGUGGCCCAGGAGGUGCUGAGGGAGAAGGCGGCAGCCCUGGAGCGUCAACUGAAAGUGAUUGGGAGUGAACACCGGGAGGCGCUGUUGGACAGAGAGAGUGAGAACGCAUCUCUCCGAGAGAAGCUGCGGCUCAAAGAGGCAGAAAUCUCCCGCAUCCGGGACGAAGAGGCCCAGAGGGCAAGCUUCCUGCAAAACGCUGUCUUGGCUUACGUGCAGGGGUCCCCUCUGAGAGCCUUGAGUCCCCCUAAAUGAAAGGAGGCGGGGAGAACUGAAGCGCCCAGCGAGGGUUGAAAUGCUGCAUCCCAUUCUCAAGGGCAGGCCUGGGGUCUAAAAGAAUCAGCUGCAGUUGAAGAGUAGGAUUCGGUCAACAUCAGUGCUCAGCUCACACCUGCCCGUCUAAGGUUCAUCCACAGCUCACCGUUAGCAUAGGUGGGAUGAAGCGUACAGGAUCGCGCCCAGACGACCCAGUCCCAGAACCACAAACAGGACAAUACAGAGGUGGGAGGGAGCAGACCCCCCCAAUGACAGAGUGGAAAUACAGAACUUUUGUACUUGGUGAUA